UUUCAGAGCUAGCAGUUUGUUUGUACAAGGUGUCGGGAAAGGAAGGGAGAGUGAUGAUUUCUUUGCUGGGUCUCUCUAAAUUCUCCUUCCCCUUCCUGGAGACUCAAGUCGCUUUCACGGACACCAGCAAUCCUCCAGAAUCCAGCCCCGAUCGCUGUUCCUGUGUGCGUGCGGAGUCAGUCACAGCUCACGCACGGAGAUAUCAGGGCGAAGGUACGCUCCCGCAUCAACUGGAACACGAACAAAACUCCGCUAUUUCAGUUUCUCCCUUUAGAUGUCACCAGAUUGAAAAAAAAAUAGGUGACUCUAUAGAGUGAUUUCACGGAGAAGUGAGAGGGAUCCAUUGUGAAAGAUUUCCCGGGAGCCAGAAUGACCAGCCACUUCCUCCCAACUCUUUACCACUGUAAGAUCACAUCAGGUUUCGGAUCUGCUGGUGGGACAGGACGUACCCAGCAACACAGUUUGUGCAGUUGGAAAGGCACUCCUCCGAAAGAAAAGAAAUCUGACAUCACGGAAAGAUGUUCGUCAAUACCAGUCUGUGCGAAGACGAGCAGGAGCACUGGAAAAAUGAGCUAACUUUGUAUGCAGUUAUCUAUGGAAUAAUCCUUAUCCCUGGCUUCUUUGGAAAUAGUGUGGCCUUGUGGGUAUUAGUCGGAAACAUCAAAAGGGAGAAGAAGGCAGUGAUAUUCAUGACAAACCUAGCUCUCGCUGACUUGGCUCAUGUGUUGUCCUUGCCCUUGAGGAUCUUUUACUACAUAACGCAAAACUGGCCAUUUGGAAAAUUCAUGUGUUUGUUCUGUUUCUACCUAAAGUUUCUCAACAUGUAUGCUAGCAUCUUAUUUCUAGUCUGUAUCAGCAUCCAGCGUUGCAUAUUCCUUAUCCACCCCUUCAAGUACAGCAGCUGGAGGCGCCGGUAUGAUGUGGCCCUGAGUAUUAUUGGAUGGCUGAUCGUCAUCCUGAUGUGCCUUCCAUUCCCCGUCAUGCGGAACACUGAGUCGUUCAACAGCUCACAAUGUUUUGCCGAUCUCCCCAUGAAGCAAGUCAACCUGGGAUCUUCCAUAUUGAUGCUUACAGCAGCAGAGCUCCUGGGCUUUGUGGGGCCCAUCUGCAUCAUUUUCACCUGCACCUGGAAGACUGCACAGUCACUGAAAGAGAAGAGUACAGUCCCCAACAAUCGAGGUGGAAAGAGGGCUUUAAAGCUGCUCUUGAUGUGUGCAACUGUGUUCCUCAUUUGCUUCGCUCCGUAUCACAUAUUCUUCCUGCUGAACCAGUUGAGAAAGUUAAAGCUCAUUGCAAACUGCAGUGCACGGAAGAAUAUCCAGAUCUUGCAUUCAGUGACACUGUGCUUAGCCAGCAUGAACGCCUGUUUGGACCCUUUCAUCUACUAUUUUGUCACCGCGGAGUUCAGAGAGCAACUUUCACGGACCAGCAGCUUCCUCGUAAGGAGCCGACACUUGAGCAGAGAAAGUACCACGAGUCGAUAAUCUCAAGUUUUGGACAAAUUGUUUGAGGUUUCUCUUUUUCACUGCUCCAUCUUGCAACUGUUCGCCACUGGCUGUUCCGGAUAUCGUUGAGUCAGAAGUCACUGUAUCGGUGCAUCUUAGGGCGAGUCAGUGUUUAAAGUACUAUUUGUUUUGCAGCAAUUGUUUAACCCAUUCCCGGCGAGCUGCCUGAAAUGGUUGCAGCAAGAAAUGUAGCGACCAGGAUAAAUCACCAAUGGUCUAUUUGUUUUACUUUAUUAAUUUUGCUUCAUGUGCACCCUGCAUGCGAAGCAAAAUGCAGGAUGUACUUCUUUACGUUCAUCCAUAACAAAAUAUGUUUGCAAUGUAGCUUUCAUAUAAACUCCUGGACUGCGAUUCUACUGGUUUAAUAACGUGCAUGAUAGGAGAUUAUCAGCGACUUUCUCAAUACAUUUUACUGUCCAUUAACCAUGCACUGCUGUGUAAGCAGAGUCACCUAUUCUGGUUGGAAGCUGAUCAAAAUAAUAAUUAAUGGUGAUCAUUCUAAACAGCAAACGGAUGAACUGGUGAUUCUAACAGCGUGUAAUGCAGUGUGUGAACUGCAGGUUUAUGGACAUGUGAACAUAAAACAUUAGGAGCAGGAGUAGGCCACCUAGCUCUUGAGAUUGCUGCAUCAUUUAGUCCGAUUAUGGUGGAUCUGAUUUGUGAUCUUAACUCCAGUUUCCUACCUGCUUCCAAUAAUUGCUGAGUCACUUGUUAAAAUUUUGCUUCAGUUCAAAAGAACUCCAAACUGAUUCAAAUCUGGUGAUGUUCACAGGGCAGAAGCAGGGUUGGGUGUUCUGCUCAAAUGUGCUGCAGAUGCUGGAAACCUAGAAACUCAAGUACUUCAGUCAUUCACUAGAGCUGCUUUUUGUAAUCAUGUGUAAGGUUAAAUAUGUCUCUGCAGUCAUGAUGAACUUCCCUUGAAUUUCGAGGCAAAUCGAAACGAAAACUAAAAUAGCCAUCAAACAGUGGAGCAAAACAAAGGAUCUAGCUAUUUCUGGGUUUUUUUGCCUUAUUUUGUUGCUGUUAUUUUGUCUCCAAUGUCCUUGUCAAUAAAACUGCCACUUGCUAAUUUCCAAACUAGUGCAAAGAAAUUUGAGUUGACCUUAAUCAACAAGAUUCAGAUCCUAACUAUUCCCCUCAUCUAGACAAUGAAAUGUUGCAGAUAUCACAAAUAGAACAGCCUUUGGCCCACAACAUUGUGCUGAAUUUUUACCCUAACCCUAAGUUCUAUCUAGACUCCACCCUUAGCUUAUACUUAAGCCAUCAGCUGUGUUCAGGCUACGUGGGACUUGAACCAACAACCUUCUGACCUGAAGUCAGACAUGUUAUCUUUUACGCCAGUGGCCCUAAUUGCUACAGCCAAAGCACAUAGCACAACUCAACCACUUGAACAUGUUCUGCCAUACAUUCAGGUGAACAUUAACUCCAUUUGUCAUCCUUUUACUUGCUGACCUUUGAUACCUUUUGCCUAAGUAAAAUUUGUUGAUCACAGUCCUGGAGAUUUUAGUUGACCCAUCGUAUGACCUGAGGCGUUGCAUCUUCCCAGCCACACUAUAGUUAAACCACAAGUAACUUGUCAUUGGUUAAAAACAUUUGAUUUCUAUUCUGCAACUGAAUCCAUCAAUAAUUUCCAAAAUUCAAACCAGUUGCAGUUGGUAUUCAGACAGAAUUCAGCUACAGAGUGUGCAUUGCACAUGACAGUGUAAUGUUCCCACUUCAUUUUGUACGGCAGGCAGACUUAAUUUGUUGUCGGCCGCACAACAAGUAGAUGUAUAGAUUUAAGUUUGCUAUGUUUUAGACAUUACACAUGAAAUGUUUGUAU